UAAAAUGUUUUUUCCAACAAUAUUUUUACUGUCUCUAUCAAUAACCUACCCUUGUCUCGCAUGGUUUCACUUUAACCAUCAAAAACAACAAACCCUUCUCGAAGGUGUUCAAUCAACAGAUCUUCGAAUGCCAAGUGUUCGGAUUGAAAAGAACGAUACUUAUUUAUUUUCCUUUGAACCCCUUGCAAACCAACACCAGAUCCAUCACAUGCUUCUUUUCGGUUGUGAAAUGCCUGGAAGCGAUGAACCUGCCUGGGACUGUGGAGAGAUGUCUUCUUCUGAUGCUGGUUAUUCCCGUUCCCCUGUAUGCGCCUCUCAGCCAGACAUUAUCUAUGCUUGGGCUCGAGGCGCUCCAAAGCUUAACCUGCCUAAAGGUGUCGGUUUCCGCGUUGGUGGUGAAGCAAAAUCCCAAUUUUUGGUACUUCAAGUACAUUAUAUGCACCAAAUGAAGGGAGAAGACAAUUCUGGAGUUAGGUUGCUUCACACAGAGGAGCCUCAACCAAGAAUGGCAGGCACUCUAUUGUUAGCUACUGACGGUAGAAUGGCGCCUAAAAAGACUGUUUAA